CUCUCUCUCUCUCUCUCUCUCUCUCUCUCUCCACAAUUGCAUCAUCCACGUAUUAUAUAGUGAAAUUAAGAGAAGUGUGUCUAUUUUUCUAAAGAUGAAGAAGCAAAUAUAAGGAAGCUAGCAUCCAAACUUAACGGUGAGGCCAUCACUGAUGCAGGAUACUAGGAUGGGCCAUCACUGCUGCAGCAAACAGAAAGUGAAGAGAGGGUUAUGGUCACCUGAAGAAGAUGAGAAGCUCAUCAAACACAUAACCACCUAUGGCCACGGUUCAUGGAGUUCAGUGCCAAAACUUGCAGGCUUGGAAAGGUGUGGAAAGAGUUGCAGAUUAAGAUGGAUAAACUAUUUGAGACCAGAUCUCAAACGGGGUUCAUUUUCUGCACAGGAAGAGAGAAUCAUCAUUGAUGUUCAUAGGAUUCUUGGCAACAAAUGGGCUCAGAUAGCCAAGCAUUUGCCAGGUAGAACAGACAAUGAGGUGAAGAACUUUUGGAACUCUUGCGUUAAGAAAAAGCUCAUUGCACAAGGCUUAGAUCCCAACACUCAUAAUCUCCUUCCAGCUUCUCACAAAACUAACAAAAAUCACAACAAUCCCAAACCCACUUCAGUUUUCUCUGUACAUGCACAAUCCAAAGAUGUUUCCAUGGACAUGAGCAUACCAUUUUCAACAUUACUUUCUAUUCAUCCGAAUGAUGAUACUCCAACAAUCAUACCAAUCUAUGAAAACCAAAACCCUAAUCUUCUCUGGACAACCCAAGAACAAAAUCCAAACACUUUGAUGGAGUACUCAACAAUGGGAAGUAGCGUUCCAAUUAUCUCCUCUUCUCCCUCAAACACAUCUGGGUUUGGGAUUCUUGAAGAGAACUGCCUAUGGAGUAGCAGUGGCUUCCAACCUAUUGAGCUCAACAGACAGGAUGAAAUGUUGCAGCCACAGCAGCAAGAGAAGAAGGCCAGUGAGGUGGAAACGGAGAAGGCGGAUAUAUUGAACAUGGAUGCUUCAUUUGGGAGCUCUAACUUUGGUUUUGAUUUCGUGGAGUCUCCAUUGAUGGCUUGUGGUAUGUAUUAUAAUACGAGUCCAACGGAUGAAUUUGCAUGGGAUUAAUUGUUAGCUCCCUGUCUAUCUAACUUCCAUUUUGAUUUUGUGUAGUCCACACUAAUAUUGCCUCUUGCGCUAUGUAAUAUAAUGUGAGUCCCAUUAAUUAAUCAAUAUGUAUCUUACUGGUUUUUUGUGUAGUCUAUUACUUUGUCUUAUUUGAUCAGGCAGCAGCACCCAAAAAAUAUGUCAAAAGGGUAUGGCGCUUGUUAGUUAGUAGUCGCUAGUUUGCUGUAUCUGCUGAAAAAAAGAAAAUAAAAAAGAGGCGGUUUGGCAAAGA